UGGGUAAUUACGCCCUAGCUUGCUUGGGAUUUUCAUCUCAGCUGAGGUGUAGGAUGUUCUGACGAGGUGGUUGUGAGUGUGUUUCGACGUGAUGCACUAUAUUAUCAUUUUUAGGAGAUGAAAUGAUGCGGGAGUAAAACAAUAUUAAUUGCCGUGACGGGCCUUUGAGAGAAUACGCUUUGCAAUAUGCCUGGUUUAAUACGCGUGAGUGAAUUUGUGGAAGAAACUCGUGAGGAUUAUAACUCACCAACAACAUCAACAUUUGUUUCGCGAAUGCCACAAUGCAGACAGACGAUUGCAACUUUAGAAGAGACUCUGGAUUUCGACCGCGAUGGCCUCACGAAGAUGAGAAAAGCAAUUAAAGCUGUGCAUAAUUCUGGGAACUCUCAUGUGGAUAAUGAAAUGUAUCUAUCACGUUCUCUGGAGCGUCUUGGAGGUGCUGCAAUGAAUAAAGAUCAAGAACCAGACAUUGGUGCUGCAUUUAUCAAGUUUGCUGUUGUUACUAAGGAGUUAUCUGCAUUAAUGAAAACAUUGAUGCAGAAUAUAAACAACAUCGUGAUGUUCCCCUUGGAUAGUUUACUGAAAGGAGAACUUCGUGGUGUACGAGGUGAUCUCAAACGGCCUUUUGAUAAAGCUUGUCGAGACUAUGAGGCCAAAUAUGCUAAAAUUGAGAAAGAGAAGAAACAACAAGCAAAAGAGGCUGGACUCAUUCGCUCUGAAGUUACGUCAGCUGAGAUAGCUGAUGAAAUGGAAAAAGAGCGAAGGGUCUUUCAACUACAGAUGUGUGAGUAUCUCAUUAAAGUAAAUGAGAUUAAAACGAAGAAGGGCAUUGAAUUGUUGCAGCAUUUGGAUGGUCUUAAGACAAUUGAGCACUUUGGCAGCUAUGUGGCUGACUUAUCAGUUAAGUUACAGAAGAUUCGACAGAAACAGGAUGAGGAACGUCGGCGAUUAGCUGAGUUGCGAACACUGUUGCGCAGCUCACCAGGCUUAGAUAAAGAGUCUACUGCAUCGUUAAAUACAAGUGGAAGUGCAGUCUCUGAAAGAAGUGGUAGUAGUUCUGGUGGCUACUCAUUGCACCAGUUGCAGGGUGAUAAACAACAUGGAGUAACACGCUCAGGCCAUUUGUUAAAGAAAUCGGAAGGAAAGAUGCGUCGUGUGUGGCAGAAGAGACGCUGCCGUGUUCAAGCUGAAGGUUUUCUGGAUAUUUGUCAUGCUGAUGAAAGCAAGCCACCUACUCGUGUUAAUUUACUUACAUGUCAAAUAAAAAUGGUGCCUGAUGACAAAAGAUGCUUUGAUCUAAUUUCCUAUAAUCGUACAUACCAUUUCCAAGCAGAAGAUGAGGCAGACCAAAGAGCUUGGAUGUCUGUGUUGGUUAAUUGUAAAGAAGGUGCUUUAAUGCGUGCAUUUGAUGAUAGUGGAAGAACAGGAAGUGGAAAACUCAACCCUAGUUUGCUGGAACUACAGCAAGCUAUUAUUCGCUAUGUUCAGAAACUGCCUGGGAAUGACCGAUGCUGUGACUGCAGCUCUCAGAAUGAUGCAACAUGGUUGUCAACCAAUUUUGGAAUUAUAGUAUGCAUUGAAUGCUCUGGUAUUCAUCGUGAUUUGGGAGUGCAUAUUUCCCGAAUCCAGUCACUAACAUUGGAUAACGUAGGCACAUCACAACUUCUUCUUGCAAGGCACAUGACUAAUUCAAAUUUCAAUGAAGUGAUGGAAGCAAACCUCCAUUCAAAUAAACCAACACCUUCAAGUUCCAUGGAAGAACGAUAUGAGUUUAUUCGUGCUAAAUAUGUUGAAAAGAAAUAUGUAGAACGAACAUGUGCAGAUGAAAGAGAUUUACUCAGUGACUUGAUGCAUGCUGUAAACAACAAAAAUUUAUAUCAUUUGCUUCAAGUUUUUGCUGAAGGAGUAAAUUUAUGUGCACCCUUGCCAGCUAGUGAUUGUGGAGAAACUGCAUUACAUUUAGCAGUAGUUCGAGAAAUGGGAGACACUUUACAUCUUGUUGAUUUCCUUGUUCAAAACAUGCCAACACAAGCCUUGGAUCUCACCACAUCUCCUGCUAAUGGCAAUACUCCUUCAGAAAAUGCUGGUUGCAACACUGCCCUACACCUUUGUGCCAUGCAUGACAGACCUGAGUGUAUGAAAUUACUUCUACGUUCUGGAGCAGAUGCAACUUUGCGUAAUGGGCUAGAUAAGACACCUUUGGAAGUUGCACAAGAACUAGGCCACUCUUCUUGUGAAGAACUUUUACAACAUGCAUUACAGAGGCAAAAGAGCCAUUUCGAUAAUGUCAAUGUAGAUUGGAAUCUUUCUCAUGAUGAAGGCUCUACUGACUUUUCUGAUGAUGAGACAAUCAUAGAGGAUAGAAAUGGUUCAAUUACGCCUGAGAAGAAAAUGCGAUCUCGACCACCAAGCUUUGCAGGGGGUGAGUCUCCUGUUAAUUUGCGGUCACGAUCCUCGACAUCAGAUAGUCUCAAGUCAUCAAGCCCUAACAAUAACUAUCGUCAGAUGCCCCCUCCACCUCCACCUCAGAGCCGCAAGCCCAACCUUGGUACUCCCUCACCCAAUGUCCAUGGCAGUUUGAAGAAGCGUGCUGCACCAUUACCACCAGUGAGCAAUAUUUACAGUACGUUACCAAGUAGCCACAGCCGCACACCGUCUGAUCCAAUACUCCCUAACACCCACAGUGGUUACAGCACCCUCAAUCAUCACAAGCGCUCACCCUCAAGUGAUUCAGGUGCUGUGAACACAGGAAACAGAAGCAGUCACAUUUUGCCUGGGGCGAAACAAGUGCUGCCUUUAGGGGAGCCUCCUCCUUUACGUAGCCUUGGAUCUGGCUUUGACAAAGGUGGAUCUAGUGGUAGCAUUCAGCGACCACGUGGACCGCCUCCGCCAGCACCUGCACCACGUCUUUCCAAUGGACGCUCUACAGAGAGUAUUUCAUCCAUGUCAUCAGAUGUUGAAUCCACUGGAAGUUUGCACAAUCCUGUUCCUCCCCCUAGAAAGCCUCAAGGUGGUGGGAGCCCACCCUCGAGGACAUCUGGGGGCAUGGUCAACACUUGCAGUGGCGUUUCUGGAAGCACUGCGGGAAGUAGUAGUGUUAUGGGGAGCACACCAGGAGGAGGACCUCCAAACCUGCCGUCCUUGCGACGGUGUCGUGCUUUGUAUGAUUGUGAAGCUGAUAACGAAGAUGAACUGUCAUUCCGUGAGGGUGAGAUAAUUAUUGUUACCAAUGAACAAACAGAUGAUGAGAAUUGGAUGGAGGGUUUAGUGGAAGGAGAUCCAUCACGUUGUGGAAUGUUUCCCAUUAGCUUUUGGUGUAAUGAAGUAUUAUGUAAUUUAAUUAUUGUGCAAAUAUAUGCAAAAUACAGCAUGGUUUCAUGCACAAAUAAAAGCCUCAAUAUUGUAGAACCAUAUAAGCCAAAGAAAAAUCAUUUUAUUGUAUAUGAAAUGUAA